AUGAGAGGAUUUUACUUCGUCUUAGCGACGCUAGGAAUUGUUUAUUGCGCCGAAAAUUAUCGGUACUUUCCAGACAGAAAUGAAAACAUCCAAUGCACCGAAAAAUGGACAGAACCGCUUCGCCGAGAAAUGGGCCGUGCUAUGAAUGCCCUGUUCAGAGGCGUUCAACAACAAAAUCAUCCCUGUAUUCCUGAAAUGUCGAAUCUUCACUGCAAAGACUUGGGAAUGGUGACCGGAAAACGAGGGAGAGAAAAAAUGGUGCAGCAGUGCAUAACGCAAGUCAAAACGCAUCCUACGUACAAAGGAGUUUAUGAUGUUCGUGACUAUGACCCCACCGAAGAACGAGGCGGUGUCAAGUGUUACUUUUUAUUCAAGCUCAAAACGUAUCGACGAAAGAAUGGCAUCAAACGAUCUCGACUUUUGACCAAACACAUUCUGAACAAAUGUCAACGAAAAGACCGUUACAGGCGACAUUUCUGGUCUGUCUGGGGAAGAUGGGGUCAGUGCUCGCAAUCAUGCGGCAAUGCUGUAAAAAUGCGAACCCGAACUUGCUCAAGCGGAGAUGGCGGGUGCAGAGGAAACGAGUUUGAACAAAAGAAGUGUCCUUACUCACCUUGUCCAACUGUCAGGCCGACAGUUCCAGCAUAUCAAUACGUGACGACAUGGACAUCUUGGACCGAAUGGACCAGCUGCUCUAGAAAAUGUGGAAAGGGCGUUCAAACUCGCACUCGAAAAUGCCUCGGUGCUAAAUGCCCUGGCUUGUCGAAAAUCUCAAGGUCUUGUGUGGGAAGAUCUUGCAAUCAGAAUCAUUUCUCGGGUUCUAGCUCAUCGUCUCGGUAUCCAAAUGAUGAUAGCCAGUGGUUCUCCUAUUCUAGCGCCGAGCGCAAAAGUACUACCACUUCCUCCCCUCGUCAUGUGACCUCAAACCCGAACUUCAGUAACUGCGGAGCGCUGGAAUCCUGUGGACACGGCGUGUGCAAACGAAAUUGGUACGGCGCGCAGUACUGUGAUUGCUACCCUGGCACGGAGAUUCUUGGAAAUGGCUAUUGUCAACUAAUAAAGUCGGUCACUCAGAAGCCAACAACAAAACCGCCUCUAACCACCAUCAAAACUUUGAAACCUGAAUAUGCGAAAAUUCCUCGAGUAUCAUCCGAUUGUUCGACAAAUUCUUUCCUCGACUCUUUCAACAGAAUCCUUUCAAGGGAUGAGUGCCUGAGAAUGCUCCACAAACAAAACUAUCCAAAGAACACUUCCGACUGCGUCAACUACAAUUACUACAGCGGCCUUGUUCUCUUGUCAAAGUCGAAUUGCCUAGCUGCUUUGGAUGGAAUCGAAAAUUAUGCCAUUUCGCACAGAAGAAAAGUCUUUCACAAAGAUCCAGUUGACUUGUCGGAUUGCAAGAGAUACGAUUUCUAUCUGAAUAGGGUGUUGCUAUCUGAAUCUGAAUGUGAAGAAUAUGUUCAAGCUCAUACAAAAGAAAUGUCGUAUAUUCCGAGAAGCAAAGAUGAAUGUUACGAAUUCGAAUUUUACACCGACGAAGGCUACAUUUUCUCAACGGAUGAGUGUCUCGCAAUGGUGAACAACAGAAAACUAGCUGAACGAUUUGCCAAAGACUAA